UAGAAUGAUCGAGAGAUACCGAGAGAGAAAAAGAGAGAGCGAGACAGAGAGCUUCAGGCUGCGUUCUAUCUACUUAGGGAUAGAGAGAGAGUUUGAGACUGAAGAAGAGGGAGACGGGAAGAAGUUGAUGCUCGAUUCGAACAGAAAUUGAGUGAACUGAUCAUCCCAGCAAAAGCAAAAGCAACAGAAGAGUUUGGGUUUCUUUUCUUGUUCUCAAUAUUGUUGACUGGAAUAUUUGGCUGUUGUUGCUUUGUUGAUUCGGUACUGUUGUCUCUACCGUGAAGGUGAUCAGAUUUUAUGCAAAAAAAUUUCCAUACAAGUUUGCUGGCACUGUUCCUGUGGAUAUCAUUUGUUAUUAUUUUGGUGUCGUAUUCCUCAUCAGAUCUUAGGAACAGUAGCCUGUCAAGUCUUUUAAUUGGUUUGGAUUCAGGUAUGGGUCCGAAGAAAUGGACAAGAACAAAAAGACUGUUAGAAGACAGUUAUUGUCAAAAUCGUAAUAAUGAAAGGGAAAUGCAAGCAAUUCCUAUUUCUGAUAGUGCUGAAGAGCAGGAAAGUCAUUUUACCAGAUCAAGCCGUGGCACAUAUUCGAAGACAAAAUGGACAAGAACAAAAACAUUGUUAGAAGACAGUCAUUGUCAAAACGAUAAUGAUGAAAUAGAAAUGCAAGGAAUUCCUGUUUGUGAUAGCAGUGAAGAACAUGAAGUUCAUUUUAGCAGAUCAAGCCGUGGCAUUCAGUUGGUGAUGUCAGAAGAGAAUCAAUGUUUAAAACAUCAGCAGAAUUCCGAAAGUUAUAGCACUACCAAAUUUAACCAUACUCCCAAGCGAUUCAGAACUAGGGAACAAAGCUCAGGUGCAAUUGCUAAUUCAAGUUUGUCAGCUAAUAGAAUCUCAAAUAUGGAGAAUCCAGGUACAUCACAAGUUUUACAAAGCUCCAACAAUUCUGAAUUUGUAGAAACUGAUGAAAUUAGAGGUGAAGGUUUACAUCUAUUUGGUCAAGCUUCAUACCAAAGAAGUAGAGCAGGAUCUACAAUCAGAUAUGAGGAUUCAGGAGAUGAUAUCCACACAUGUAAUUAUUGCAACGCAUGUUUCUGGUUUGGAGAAGCGAAUAAACAAUCGUCCUCAAGUGCGCCUCUAAUCUAUACAAAUUGUUGCAAAAAAGGUCAAAUCAAGCUUGAACCAUCAAAAUCAACACCAGAAUUUCUUGAAAGAUUAUUGGAUCCGAAUAGGAGUUCUGAAAGCAGACUUUUUAGAGAGAAUAUCAGGAUUUACAACUCGAUGUUUUCUUUUACAUCAAUGGGGGCAACAAUUGAUCAAAAAAUAAAUACUGGAUCAGGUCCUUAUGUUUUUAAAAUUAACGGUCAAGUACAUCAUUUAAUGGGUUCUAUAUUACCUUCUGAUGGGGAAAGUCCUAAAUACGCUCAAUUAUACAUAUAUCAAGUACAAAAAAUGAAGUUUUAAACCGUCUUAAUGCUAUUGAUCCUACUCAUACGAAUACAAAUAUCAAACUAGAUAUUGUUGAAGGACUUAUAAAAAUGUUUGACGAAAUUAAUGAAUUGGUAAAAGAACUUCGAACAAUUAGAGAUAAAUUUGAAAAUCGUUCUUUACCUUCGUUAAAUAUGACAAUACUUAAUCGUGAACCUACUGAUAGUAAACAAUAUGAAGCACCAACAAGUGAAGAAAUUGGUGGUUUAAUAGUUGGUGAUAUUGGAGAACAUAAUUCCAAUAGAGAUCUAAUUAUUGAAUCAAAUAGUGGAAAUUUACAACGUGUUUCUAAAAUACAUCCAAAAUAUAUGGCAUUACAAUACCCAAUACUUUUUCCUUAUGGUGAAGAUGGAUAUAAAAUAAAUUUACCAAUGCAGGGAAUCAAAGGAAAUUCCACAG